AUGUCUUCUUUCCUUUCCCCCUUAACCGACUUCUACUUUCGCUGGCGUAUCAACACACAGGUCCUCGCCCGUCUCUUACACAAUCAAACUCCUCUCUUCCGCCCAACGCGCGUGCACUUGGUAUCCCCACAGGACCAGGCGGUCCCGCAACACCUGCUGGUAGCAGAUAUGACCGAGAGCGCGACCAAGACCGCGAGAGGGAUAGGUCCGGGUACGAUCGCCCUCCCCAUGGAGGUGACAGGCCCGUGCCAGGAAGUGGAAGACGCAUCGACAGGACCACACCCGCACGUUCAAGGAGUCAACUCUGCUCCAAUCGCAAAUAAUCGCUGGGGCAACAACAAUGCCGGGGCGGUGGCUGCGGAUGGAGAUGCCAACCUCGGCAAUAGGAGAACUGACCCAGAGCAAGAGGCGGAAUCUGCCUCGCAGCCUGUUCCUGUUCUCACUACGACUUUGAAUGCCUUGAAACCUGAUCUCAUUCCAGCUGCCUCUGCUGCGGCCGCGAGCUUGUUGCCCACCAGUGGUGCUCCCGCCUCGGGCGUCGAGACUACGGAAGCCAAACGUGCCCGUCUCAGAGAAGAAGCUCGCAAUGCCAAGCUGCUUCUGGAUCGCAUCGCUCAUGAAGAGGCCAAUUUGGAACAAGAAGAGCGCCGGGCCCAAGAGGAACGAAGGCGUGAGCAAGAAGCGCAGAAGCUCAGAAAGAUCGAAGAGGACCGAAGAAGGCAGGAGCAGGAGAGAAGAAGGGAGGAAGAGCUGAGGUUGAGACAAGAGAGGGAGCUUGAGGAAAGGCAUAGGCCCGAGUAUGAGAGGGAUGUGAGAGAGCGAGAGCGGAGUGCACUCUUCCCUCCUCCAGGUCUUCGCGACGCCAGGCCAGACUUUAGAGGCGAACGUCCUGAUCGUGGAUUCUUGCCUCCUCAAGACUUUGCAUUUGCCCGCGAGCCUUUGCCUCCUCAAGGUGCGCUCUCGAGAGACGGUCGAAGGGAGGGAUGGGACAGGCGCAGAGCGAGCGAUGGCUUUGGGCACGGUCCUGGACCUGCCGGAGACUAUCCUCCUCCCCCUCUUGGUGAGCGCGAGCGUGUACCUAUGCGGGACAGACUCGGCGGCGGUCCCAGGGACCGUGUCCCUUUCGACCAGCAGCAAGCUCCUGGACCAUUCGGCCGACGACCCCUUUCACCUCCACCCGGACACCCGUCUUACGAUCGCCGCCGCUCGCCUCCUCCCGGAAUCUAUGGUCCUCGUGGCCCACCUGGGCCUGUGCGAGGCGGGCCUCUCGAUCACCCUAUGCCUCCUCACAUGCGGGGCGAUGUGAGGGAUAGGGAUAUGAGGGAUAUGAGGGACAGAAAUUUCCGGGGUAGGGAUAUUGGGGAUAGGGAUGUGAGGGGCGGUAGAGAGCCUUUCUUCCCUCCUGGACCUCCCGGAAGAGGGCCAGAGUCGAGGGGAGAGCCUGGAUUUGCCGGCCCGCCUCCUAGAGACCUGUUGAGGAGGCUGGGUAAGAGGGUAGACCAUCAACUUGCUGAGCCUAUGGGUGGUAACCUCCAACGAGAUGACCGACGUGAUGUUACUCCUCGUCGUGGACCCCAGCAGAACAACAAUGCUCAAACGCCACAAUCCCGACCGCUCGCCGAGCGCAUGUCGGCCGUCAGCUCGCCGUCGACUCCACCUCUACCCCCUACCGCACCCGCGUCGGAUCCAUCAUUGCCCGUUGGCUCGAACGAAGUUCUCUCUGCAGGUGAUGUUAUCGAUGAACAGCAAGGAAAGGGACAAGGCGGAGGACAAGGCCAGGGACAGGGGCAGGGACAUGGACAGGGGCAAGGUCAAGGACAAGACAAGCAGGAAAGAAGACGUGGAGGCAGGAAGAAGAGGGGAGGCCAAGGCGGUAGGAGGGACCGGGGCGGCGGAGGUGGUGGUGGCAGAAACAAUGGAAAUGGACAGGGUGGAGCGAGCGGUGGCGGUGGGGGCGGCGGCGAAGCGUCGGAGGAGAAAAGAGGCGAGGAUACUGUCGACCCCGAGGGGCGAUAG